CGGCUGCGUACUGGCUGUGGGAUGGGAAGUGAAGCCCCAGCGAACGGCUGCGGCGGGGCUGUGAGGAGCAGCAAGCGGUAGGCGGCGGCGGCGGGUCGGUGAGCAGCUGGAGAGAGCGGAGCCGGGGCAGAGCACCUGCAGGCACAGGCGGCGGCCCGCACCAUGGCGAUUCGCAAGAAGAGCACCAAGAGCCCCCCUGUCCUGAGCCACGAAUUCGUCCUGCAGAAUCACGCAGACAUCGUCUCCUGUGUGGCGAUGGUCUUCCUGCUGGGGCUUAUGUUUGAGAUAACAGCAAAGGCUUCUAUCAUUUUUGUUACUCUUCAAUACAAUGUUACCCUCCCUGCAACAGAAGAACAAGCUACAGAAUCAGCAUCCCUUUAUUGCUAUGAUAUCAAAGAUUUGGCUACAGUUUUCUUCUACAUGCUAGUGGCGAUAAUUAUUCAUGCCAUAAUUCAAGAGUAUGUGUUGGAUAAAAUUAACAGAAGAAUGCACUUCUCCAAAACGAAACAUAGCAAGUUUAAUGAAUCUGGUCAGCUUAGUGCAUUCUACCUUUUCGCUUGUGUUUGGGGUACAUUCAUUCUAAUCUCUGAAAACUACAUCUCAGACCCUACAAUCUUGUGGAGGGCUUAUCCCCAUAACCUCAUGACAUUUCAAGUGAAGUUUUUCUACAUAUCACAGUUGGCUUACUGGUUUCAUGCUUUCCCUGAACUCUACUUCCAGAAAACCAAAAAAGAAGAUAUUCCUCGUCAGCUUGUCUACAUUGGUCUUUACCUCUUUCACAUUGCUGGAGCUUAUCUUUUGAACCUGAAUCAUCUAGGACUUGUUCUUCUGGUGCUGCAUUAUUUUGUUGAAUUUCUUUUCCACAUUUCCCGCCUGUUUUAUUUUAGUGAUGAAAAAUAUCAGAAAGGAUUUUCUCUGUGGGCAGUUCUUUUUGUUUUGGGAAGACUUCUGACUUUAAUUCUUUCAGUACUCACUGUUGGUUUUGGCCUUGCAAGAGCAGAGAAUCAAAAGCUGGAUUUCAGUACUGGAAAUUUCAACGUGUUGGCUGUUAGAAUUGCUGUUCUGGCAUCCAUUUGUAUUACUCAAGCAUUCAUGAUGUGGAAGUUUAUUAAUUUCCAGCUUCGAAGGUGGAGGGAACACUCUACUUUUCAGGCACCACCUGUAAGGAGGAAACUACCAGUGACUAAAGGCAGCCGGUUUUCUAGAAAAGGAACAGAAAAUGGUGUAAAUGGAGCAGUGACAUCAAAUGGAGCAGACUCUCCCCGUAAUAGAAAAGAAAAAUCUACAUAAUGGAUUAGAAACUAAAUGAUCGAUGUCCCCAAAGAAAUCUGCUUUUUACUAUAUCUUUCAGCACUAGAGAUUUUUCUGUUCUUGAAAAAUACAGUUUCUGCUCUUUGAUUCUUGCUGUUGUACUGUUUCAUGCAUUUUUUUAAAAGGGCAUUUGAGGGGAGGAUGAUUACUAUGAGUGAAAAAAUAUUUUAGCUUAGACUAAGCUACCUGCCUUCAAAACAGUUUAGGGACCACCACAUGUUUUAUUUUGUUUUUUAAUCUUCAAACAUUUUUCUAAUGAUUUGGAGGAGAUAAAAAAAUACUAUUUGCAGAAAUCCCACAUAUCAGUGAAACAGUUUCUUGCACUCACCAAUUUUUUACAUUGGCAAAGUGACCUGUUCCAACAAGGUCAUAUUUUUUAAGUUAUCUUUCAGGGUAAAAUGGAAAUACUAUAAAGUCAGAUGUCAAACUUUAAUAUGUUUUCAGUGUUCUGUAUUUUAGGAAUUUUUGUAGCCUUUACACCUGGAAAAAGCAAUUUGUAAAAUCACCAAAAUAAUUGUGUGCUUUAUUUUAUACAUAGUGAUUGUUAGUGUUAAUCUCCCAUUAAAAAAAAUACAUGCUAAUGGUUACAACAUGUGAAGAUUUAUCGCCAUAUAUAGAGGAUCAAAUUAUCUUAACAUAAAAGUACUUGUGAAGUGAAAUCUUGUGCAUUUUCAAUACUUACCAACUGGUAAUCACAAAAUAUUUACUAUGAAAAGGAAAAUCCAACUUUUUGAUAUAUUUAUUAAUAAUGAUUCUUACUGGGGGCUUAUCAUAAGUUUGAUAUGCACAGCAUCUUAGUAUCGUGCACACCCUUUUAAAAGACAAUGCCUAGAGCCGGGGAUUUAGCUCAGUGGUUUUGCUGCCUGCUGCGCAAGUGCAAGGACCCGAGUUUGAUCCCUGGUGCCAAAAAAAAAAAAAAAAAAAUUAAAAGACAAUGCCUAUUUGAUUUAUAUCUAUAAAAAGAUGUCAGGUAAUUAUAUUUGGAAAACUAAUGCACUAACUUUAAAGAAAUUGAAAAUUCAGGUGGAUAGUCUUACAAAAGACUGCUUUAUGUUAUAACUAUAGCUUUGGUCCCAUCUUUAAUUGAGAAACAUUUAUCUGUAUAAAACAUAUUUUUGGAUAAAUAUAUAUAUAUAUUUGUAUCUCUACAAGAAAGGCUCUAAAAAACAUUUGAGUAAAAUAUUUGGUUCCCUUUUCUAUAAUUAUCCUUUAAACCCCUUGUAGAUAUAUUUGGUUUGUCUGUCUUUAUAGUAUAUAUAGUGCACCUUUUGGUGUUCAUGUCUUGUUCCCCCUUUCUCACUUCUGUCACCAGCUAAUACAUGUUCGUGCCAUUUUUAGUGUAAAAGUUACAGAUCUAUCAGGUCUGUGGUUUAAGUUGCCAUGCUGCUAGAAAGUGCUUUCUCUUUCCAGCUGUUUACCUCUUCCUGGAAAAAGUAGUAGCUCUCUGUAGCAUUAUGGAGUUUCAGUGGAACCAAAUUUUUGCCAUUAAAAACUGGCAUUAUAUUGAACUAUACAUUGAGAAAUCAGAAUAAAAAUUUUUACUUUCACAAA